UUACAUGUAUUACCAUGCUAAAUGAGCAAUACCAAGAGGCCGCUGUUCUAAAGCCAAGGUGAAUUUGCGGUUUUAAUUCUGUUGCGAGUCACUGACAGCGCUGCAUGGCACAGAUGUGAGCCAGUUAGCUUAACGCAGCAGUUUGUGUGCGUGUAUUUUCUGCACCUGGAAGAAAUAAUCCAGAUGCUCUCAUUUGUUUGUUUCAUUUGGUCCAACGAGCAACAAUUCAUCGUUGAAUAGUUUUCCUUUCAUUUUAAAAAACCGCUAACGUUAGGUAGUCUAGCCGUUAACUUCUAGGCUCAUUUUACUAGUCUACGAAUAAAGAAGGGAAAGCUUUUUGAUAGGAAACUGAACCAGCUAUCGAUUUAAAAGAUUAUGGAUCACACCAUUUUCACCGUCAAACUCUACAUUUAUGACCUUUCUAAAGGAAUGGCUCGUCAGCUGAGUCCGAUAAUGCUAGGGAAACAACUUGAUGGAAUUUGGCACACUUCCAUUGUCGUCUAUGGGGAGGAGUUCUUCUUUGGAGGAGUGGGCAUUUCAAGCUGUCAACCAGGUGGGACUGUGCUGGGUGAACCCAACACUGUCAUAGAGCUAGGCAGCACAGAGGUGACUGAGGAGAUCUUCAUGGACUACCUGUCUUCCUUGGGGGAGACCACGUACAGAGGGGACAGGUACCGGCUGUUUGAGCACAACUGCAACACGUUCAGUAACGAGGUGGCCCUGUUUCUGACGGGACGGAAGAUACCCUCCUACAUCACUGACCUGCCGUCCGAGGUGCUCUCCACACCCUUUGGGCAGGUUCUCCGCCCCAUCCUGGACUCCAUCCACAUCGCUCCUCCCGGGGGGAACGUCAUCGGCGGACACCACGGCCAGAGCUAGACCCCCUGCAGAGCGACACGUGGAGACGUACUGCGCACACACAGUGUUUCCCCUCCUUUGCUUUUCUGGGGCGUCUGGGGGCCCUGCAUUUCUUACGUUACUAAGGGAAAAAAACGCCCAUCUGACAACAGAAAAAAUUAAUAUAAUCAGUGUGCAGAAGAUUUAAUUUAAAUUACAUUGAUCUGGGAAUGACUGUUUUUCAACACUAGCAAAUUACAGCUAAUGGAUAUAUCAAAUCAGAAUUGAACAUUAAAACAAGCUAAUCGACCUAGCUAGCUAGCUGGCUGGCUGAUGUCACUUCUCGCUAGCAAGCUAGUGAUAUAUCCAGUAUGACAAUGCGGUAGGGGAUAACCCUUAACUUAAUAACCUAGUUUAAUAUCUCUUACGUUAACUAGUUGUACGGAAGUUAUGGUUAUUUUAUACAUUGCGAUGGCAGGUAUGCCAUCCCGCCAAGUUACGGCUUGGUGGGGCGGCAUAAUAAAUGCAUUAAACAUUCGUUAAAACAAAAAACACUCUUGGAAAGUGUUGCACAAAGUUAUCCCCAGAACAUUUCUUUAGAACCCUUCUCGGCAGUUGUAAAUACUGCGCUGUCUGUCACCGUCGUGAUGGAGUGCCUGCUCAAGAUUGCAUUUGCAUUCCGAAGCUUGGCCUCGAGAGUGCAACUGCAAGCACUUGGCAACGCAGCUCAGAGUUUUGCCAGUUUUAUCAAAUACGUUGCAGAAUAAAGCGUGCAGUCUGUAGUUUAAUGCAAUGAUCAGAUGCAUAUUAAAUAGUGGCACUCCUGAUUCCUGGAGUGUUGACAUGCUGCUGUUUAGUGGUAUGGGAAACACUAUGUGUGUGCGUACAUCAAAUAAUAAAAUAUAUAUAUAUCUCUUAGGGGAAGAUUGUACCUUGGAAGCUUCACUUGCAGUGGUUCCCAAGUUCUUUUUUUAUUUGUGUAUUUAUGUACCCUGUCCUAAUCUAAUCUAUCAACAUUCCACAUACCCCUACCAGCAAAAAUGAAUCAUCUCUAAAUUGUCUGAGACCUCAUUUGCUUGAAUAAGGGAGAUCAGGGUGAAUAUAUUCUGUGUGAUGGCUGCAUACGUGUGUGCUGUCGUUGAUUAAAAUUUGUAUUAGUUUUGGGGGGAAAAUAAAGUUUUUCUAGAUAUUUAAAAACUGAUGGAAGAUCAACAAUUUAAAAAAAGUAACAUAGACUAGUUUACUGAAUGAAAUGUGCCAUUCCACACCUUUUACUCCAGGGACAGCUAUUUGGGAACCACUGCAAUUUGAUCAGGUCAAGAGCCGCACAAUUCCAUCCAGCCCUCUUUACUGCCACCUGCUGGUGAGCUAAAAAAACGAUGUAUUAAAUGGUAAAUGGUAAAUGGACUGCAUUUAUAUAGCGCUUUUAUCCAAAGCGCUUUACAAUUGAUGCCUCUCAUUCGCCAGAGUUAUUAGCUUGCGUGUGCUUUUCAUAUGAGCAAUACAGAAUCCCACAGGAGGGACCGAGGUUUCCCUGGACAGGGAAAUGUAUGGGAACAGGGGUGGAGGGAUAUAGGGGUGGGGGGAAGAGGAAGGAUGUUCUUUUUUCACUUGUUUUGUUGUCGCACGAUUUCAGCCAAUUGCAUUAGUUUUUUUUUUUUUUUUUUAUGUAUUUUUUUAUUUUUUGGACAGGUUGUAGCCGGAGACUCAGAUCACCUUACAGAACCUGCCAAUCACGGCUGUGUGACAGUGAGGCAGCUCUGCAGUCAGACAGUUCAGUCUCUUAACCGCCGUAGACAUGUCCUCUCUGAAGGACAGGGCCCAGACUCCUCUGCUGGAGCCCCUGAGUUCGGCUCCGUGUAAACCCAGGGGACGUGUUCAGCUGAUCAUACCCAGCCUUUAGCCUGAAGCCUGGGAAGGGCCUCCGCAGUCUGCUCGGAGCGUCCGACCAGACACUGACUUUGAUUCUGUUUCUCCAGCUCUUUCUGAUAUUUCAGCAGUAAGCCGUAUUGCUGCAUGAUGAACAAGUGCAGUGUAUAAUGUCAUUACAUUACAUUGCAUUUAUUUGGCAGUCGCUUUUAUCCAAAGCGAUGUACAAUGUCCUUUUUGUACCUCAGAGUCUACGGGGCGCUAUGCUUCCAAAGUCUCCAGGUGGUGCAAUACCUGUACAGCUCUGUAGACACAAAGCUGAGACGGUCCAGCUUCAGAAACGGAUCUCUCGCGCGCCGGGAAAUAAGGAGGAAGUGAAUGGGUGGUUUGUUAUGAAACUGACCUGAGGUCAGCAACUCUGUCUGUUUCUGGCGUAGAUUGCACAAUUGUACAUCUUUGAGCAGUUAUAAUUAUGCAGUCUUUUCCUUUUACACAGGAGAGCUGAAAAGAGUAGUACUUAACUCUAAGUACUGUAAGCAUAGUGGUUACUAUAACAAUGUUCCCUCUCUCUUUCAGUUGCCCUACAUGAAAAAAAAAAAAAAUGCAGAAUCAAAGAUUGUGAGGAAAACUAUAUGGUAAUAUAAAUGCAAUAUGCUGAAAUAUUAUAUAUAUUGUUAACAAUUAAUAAUUAUCCAUUAUUAUAAUAUUGUGAAUUAUAAUCAUGAAAUCCUGGCCUAGGUUGUGUAAUUAUACUUUUACAAGUGGGCCACGUUACCUUAAUGAAGUGUGACAGCUGUUUGGUGCCAGACCAUUGUAUCUUUAGCGGGUGACGUGCUAGUCGCUCGUGGACGUAGUGUGGACGUCGCGUUAGAAGCUCAAUGCGCUCUGCUUUACGUAUUGUAGAUUCAGUAUGUACUGUAGGUGCUUUCGUCAGCUCUGGCUGCUGCCUAGCAAACCGGGAGAGUUUUCCAUAAGUAUAUUCAGAGAUGAAGGAUUUCUUUUGUAGGUCGCAUAUAGGAAUGUGUGUAGAUGAAGAGACUUGGUGCGAGUGUACAGUAAUGUGAAUCUGUACCCUUUUAGGUAGGUCACUACUGUUUUCCAUUUAUGACCACAUGCUAUCCAGAUAAGCUACCAAGAUAAAAGACAACUCAAUAAGCCACGGUUCCGUAUGUGAACCAUGAUGUGUGUGUGUGUGUGUGUGUGUGCGCGUGUGCGUGCACGUGUGUCUGUGUGCAUGCGUGCCUGUGUGAGUGUGUGUGUGCGUGUGUGUGCACGUGUGUCUGUGCAUGCGUGCCUGUGUUCCUUGUUUUUGUGUGCGUGUGUGUGUGCGCGUGUGUAGGCCUCUUGCCUACAGACAGUAGGAUGCUUGUCCUUUGCUUUGUACUGGACGUUGCCAACCGCCAUUCAUGUGACUUCCAGCAGCCUUCACUGUCAGUGGUGCAUCCUUUUCAUAUGAAACAAUUGUUCUAUUCUUUUAAAGCUUUUUUGUUAUUUAUUGUUAACAUUGCACUGAAAUGAAUAGAUAUUUGUGUAAUUUAUGAUUAUUUAUUGUGAUUAUUCCUCUGUGUAUCAUUAGUGUUCUUGUCAUAUUGGGUUAUUGGUUAAAGAAAAAAAGCCAUCGCAGAAUUAACAACAUGAAUUCCAAUUUUUCUAUUCAUUAGCUUGGCCUGGGCAAAAUGUCCUGUCACUGUUUUGAUUAAAGUGUGCUUCUAAUUGUGAAAGAGA